AUGUCGUCUAAAAGCCUCAAGCCGGUAACCGACCUCGACUCCAACGUCUGGUGGCACCUCUCCGAGACCCGCGUCGACAACUACACAAAGCCCACCUUUGGAGCAAUGCUUCAGGUGGCAGACAACGGCGGAAUCUUCGUUUACGGCACAGGUGCCAACCAGUACUGGCAGUUCCAGCCUCUGGACAAGCCUGGCCGAUACGCGCUGCGAAACUCGAAGACCCAGAUGAACAAGCAGCUCUCCGUCUGCUACAACCCGGAGGAGAUCGAUGAACACAGAACACGGGCCUGUAUGGCUGAGCCUUCGGGGGCAGACGAGCAGAAAUGGGACGUCUUCGAUAAUGGGAAUGAGACUCUUGGGUUUAUAAGUGUGAAAAACGGAACGAGCUUCCACCUCGACGUCAGGCCAGGAUCCAACGUGUACAUGAGCUCGAAUAUCAACAGCAAUGCGUACCAGCCGGCUCAGCACUGGAUCCUCACCACCUCGUCGCAGGUCCCCGUCUCGACGAUAGUUGCCGACGGCACGACGAGGACAGUAUCCAGACCGUCUAGAACGGCUUUUCCCUUUCAUUCGGGCUCUGGCUCCAGCUCCGAUGACCCCGACAACUCCCCCUCCAGCGGCGUCUCCUCCGGCGCCGCGGCAGGCAUCGGCAUCGGCGCCGGCCUCGUCGUAAUCGCCCUCUUCUUCGCAGCCUGCUACUUGUGGCGCCGGCGCCGGCGCCGCUCCACCCCGGAUGCCCCCGUCUCGGACCCUUCGGCCCCGGGCACCAACUGCGGCGGAGCCACCGCCUACGCCUCCCUCGAGAAGCCGUCCCCCGUCUCGCCCUACUCCUACCACGCCCACGGCAGCAGCCCGGCUCAGUAUCCUCCCAUCGCCGGCGGAGGCGCUCCGCAGGAGAUGCCGUACGCGCCUGCGCCGGGGGAGUUGCCGGCAGAUACUCACUACAACGAACUCGAAGGAGCCUCGGCGCCGCACGCCGCUCUCCCCCACCCGCGGUGA